UGGAAAUGCUUUCCAAAACCAAAAAUCCGGUCGUUGGAAAAUAAAGGGCCCAGUCCUUGGGCAUUUGCUGCGCAUAACGAACCCGACAUCAUCCGGGAACCCGAACAAAACUCCUAGGUUUGUGUUGCAAAAUCCCCAUCCUGACUCUGGUGUGGGUACGUUUUUACUCAGGAUA